AUGGCGGCGAUAACCAACAAAGUUUUUAAAGAAACCGAAAGUUGGUUAACGAAGGAACGCCAGAAAUUUGAAAAUUUUGCCGAGGAAAAGUUUCAAAAGUUUUCAACUGAAUAUCAACAAGAGGUCGAUUGGUUAAGAAAUUACUUACAAGAUAUCGUUUUUCGGAAAACAAAAGUUGAAAAAAAGAAAAAUGAACAUGAAAUUUCUAACCAACUUAAUCAUGAAAUUGAACCCCGCGAGAGUCUAAAAAUUCCAUUAGUUACGCGUGAUUUUAGCAAGAUCAUGCGAAAUAAUGUUGAAAUUGUGGAUACCGCUAGUAUAACUCAACAAUUAAAAAGAAUUGUAAAACAUACACCAAAAUCAAAACCCGAAAAACCCGAAAUAAAAUCCUUGGUUCUCGCAGCUGCUGCCGCAAAAAGGGAAAAAGAGGAACAAGAUAAAAGGCUUGUAAGAGCAAAGGAAUGGGAGAAAGCACGUCUACGCAGACAGGAAGAGCAACAAAAACGCCUUCAAAGCCUUAAAAAUCGUGACGAUGAGUUAAGAAAGAAGGUCAUUGUAAUAUCAGAUACGAAAAAAAAGGACACAGAUUUAAUUCGAAAAAAGAAGAUAGAUAAUAAAAAUUCAAAAGAUACAUUACAGAAUCAAACGGGACAAAAUCAGAAAGAAACUGAUAGAACAGUUCAUACAAACGAAAAUACCAGCGUUAUAAUUAGUAAAAAAGUUCAGUUAUAUGAUCAACUUAAACGGCUUGGUCAUAUUAAAAAACAAACCGAAUUACCGGAAAUAGAUAGCGAUGAAGAUGAAAAAGUUGAAAUCAAAAAUCGACGAAUACGUAAGGAUUGGGAACAAAGCCCCGAAUUAAAGGCCGCUUUAAUAAAUCAAUCUUCAAUUGAUCCCGAAACUAUUUUUGGAAAAAUUCUUCCACUUAAUAUAGAUGAAAUCUUUGGUGAACGAGAACAUAGGCUUCGCCCGAGAUCAAGUUCAGCAAAUUGGUCAGGUCUAGAUGCAUUGACAGAAGAAGAAGAAUUGGAAUAUAAAAUACAUAUGGGAUUUUUGUGA